UCUUUCCUACGCACUAUCGGUCAUUUAAUACCAAACCUCAGCCCCUUGUAUUCUCUUCAUAUUGUCUUUUUUAUUCCUCAAUCUGAUUAAAAAACAGAGAAAACGAUUCAAGACCAACCAUAUUUCUAGAGGAGCUGGAUCUCUUAAGUUGAAAAAGAUGUCUAAAUCUAGAGAUAUAAAGUUGUUUGGUACGACAAUUACAUCUCUCUCAGCUGUGAAUCAUUAUGAUCCGUCGCCGUUGUCCGCAGCUCAUGGUGGUUCCGACCAGAGCAAGGAAGCUUCUUCGUCUUCCUCGUCUUCUUGUUCUCCCUCUAUCAGACCAGACAGGGUUCUCGCUGCCAAAAAUGGGCAAGAAAAUAGCAGAUUCAAGGAUCCUUACACAUUAUCCCAUCUUAACGAACCGCCAAAAGCAGCAUCUGAGAUUUUACCACCAAUAAGCUCCAAGACUAACACCGAUCAACAGAGCGAGCUCACAACAACAAGUACAUCAGCAGCUGAUAAACCAACAACUCUCAAGAAACCGAACAAGAUACUUCCAUGUCCGAGGUGCGAAAGCGCAAACACCAAAUUCUGUUACUACAACAACUACAACGUGAGCCAGCCACGUUACUUCUGCAGGAACUGUCAGAGGUACUGGACUGCUGGUGGAUCCAUGAGAAACGUCCCCGUUGGCUCUGGCCGCCGCAAGAACAAAGGAUGGCCUUCUUCGAACCAUUACUUGCAGGUCACUUCUGAGGACUAUGAGAAUAACAACAACUUGGGAACGAUCCUCAGUUUCGGUUCUUCAGAAUCCUCGGUUACAGAGACUGGUAAGCAUCAGCCAGGAGAUACAAAGAUAACCGCUGAUUCAGCUUCUCAAGAACAAAGAACCCGUCAAGGGUUUCUUCCUCCGCAAGUAAUCUUUCCGAAUAAUUCUUCCCCUUGGCCUUACCAAUGGAGUCCAACUGGUCCUAAUGCUAAUUUUUACCCUAUACCUUUCUACUGGGGCUGCACGGUUCCUGUAUGGCCUACCUCAGAGACUCCACCAUGUUUAGGGAAACGAUCAAGGGAUCAAACUGAAGGAGGAAUGAAAGAUGCUACUACUAUAACAAGAGCAAGAGUGGUUUCAGAAACUAUUAGCAUUAGCGAAGCUACUAAGAGCACGGUGUGGUCGCCAAAACCAGAGAGAAAAACAGAAGGAUUCAGUCUGUUCAAUGGAUUUGAGACAAAGGGUAGUAACAGAAGAAGCUUGGUCCCUGAAACGUCUAUCAAUAUACAAGCAAACCCUGCAGCGAUGUCUAGAUCUAUGAACUUCAGGGAGAACAUGCAACAAUAAUCAAGCACUGAUAUAGUAUACAUAGAUAAAAAUAUUCAUGAAUUCUGAGAGAUUUGAUUAAGCUAAUUGUUACCUUGCGAAAGAAGGUAAAGCUGUGUAGAUCAUUUGUUGUUUCAAACUAAGACCAGAUAUAAUAUGUUGGGGUUGUAAAUAUUUCUCUCCAUUGUUGUGUUGAAGUUGCAACAUAUAUUGUUUUUGCC